AGAAACAGACAGUCAUGAUUCACUCAAAUCACUCUAUCCGGUCGAUCAUCUGCUGCUGCUGUGCUGUUCAGACCAGGGAGUUCAGCACUCGUGUGGAGCUGGAGAGCAGAACCUCCCUUUGUUUCCCAAACCGACGGUAUUCAGGACAAGCCACCCGGUUACAGGUCGAGAGGUCAAGGAGAAAGCUCCCCCUCCCCCCUCCCGAGGGUGAGGACGGUGAAGGUGAGGGCCUCUUGAGUGUCGUAGCCAUGUACGACUUCACCGCCAAGGAAAACACUGACCUCACACUCAAACAGGGGGAGGAGUACAUCAUACUGCACAAGCAAGACCAGCUGUGGUGGCGGGCGCAGGACAAGCACGGAAAUAAAGGCUUCAUCCCCAGUAACUAUGUGACAGAGAAAAACAAAAUCGAGGCAAACCCGUGGUAUUGCAAGAACAUCACAAGGACAGAAGCAGAGCAGCUGCUAAGACAAGAGGACAAAGAGGGGGGAUUUGUGGUCCGGGAGUCUAGUCGAAAGGGAGUCUACAUCGUCUCUGUUUACACCAAAACAAAUAGUUCCAGCGGAGAUGUCAGGCAUUACCAGAUUAAAAUAACUGACGAUGAGCAAUACUACUACUUAGCUGAAAAACAUAUUUUCAGCUCCAUACCUGAGGUUAUACACUACCAUGAACACAAUGCAGCAGGUCUAGUGGCCAGGUUGCGAUAUCCAGUCGGACCAAUGGGAAGGUGUGUCCCUGCCACGGCAGGAUUCAGCUCAGAAAAGUGGGAGAUCAAUCCCAGUGAGCUGACCUUCAUGAAGGAGCUGGGUAGCGGUCAGUUUGGCGUGGUGAGGUUUGGCAAGUGGAGGGGACAGCAAAGAGUGGCUAUCAAGGCCAUCAGGGAGGGAGCCAUGUAUGAAGAGGACUUUAUCGAGGAGGCCAAAGUCAUGAUGAGGUUGUGCCACCCGAGGCUUGUACAGCUGUAUGGCGUUUGCUUGCAGCAGCGCCCCCUGCUGAUCGUAGCUGAGUUCAUGGAGAAUGGCUGCCUGCUGAACUUCCUGCGGCAAAGGAGCAGAACUCUGCCAGAGUCAUGGCUUCUGUCUAUGUGCCAGGAUGUGUGUGAAGGGAUGGAUUACCUGGAGGGACAUAGUUUCAUCCACAGAGACCUGGCAGCCAGGAAUUGUCUGAUUAAUGAGUACAAUGUGGUGAAAGUCAGCGACUUUGGAAUGACCAGAUACGUUCUAGACAAUCAGUACACCAGUUCAAUUGGUGCCAAGUUCCCAGUGAAGUGGUCUCCCCCUGAAGUUCUCCACUACAGUAAAUACAGCAGCAAGUCUGACAUCUGGUCCUAUGGUGUGGUAAUGUGGGAAAUAUUCUCUGAGGGUCGGACUCCAUUUGAAAACCGAUCAAAUGUGGAAGUAGUUGAUGACAUCACCAGGGGGAUCAGGCUGUACCGACCACAACGUGCUUCACAACCACUGUACGCCAUCAUGUACCGCUGCUGGCACGAGAAGCCUGAUGGUCGGCCAUCUUUCUCUGAACUGCUGCAGGAAAUCAGAAAACUGGCAGAAAAUCAAGACUAGCACACACAUAUUACUAUAUCGCUGGACUCCAAACUGUUUGUU